UUAUCAUAUACCUCAGUGGAAUCAGUCGUACCUAACAUAAUUUCGUGUUUGCUUCAGCUUCUCGUCUUGUAGAAGUGCAGAUCCCUUACUUACAACUAUAUAGGUUUCAAGUUUACACGUUCCAACUUUCGAUCGAUCGCUUCGUGUUGUUACUUUCUUUUUUCAGCGCUUUCUGGUGCCCAAAUGAAAACUUUCAGAAUUCAGCGCUAAUGAACUGUCUUAAAUAUGAAGCAAACAGCUCUGAAGUAAUGGAUCAUAUUAUGCUUCUGCAGUAACCACGUCUUCUCUAAAACGCCUGGAAACACUGAAAAUACACUGAAAAUUAGAAAGAAGAAGGAAAAUACAAGGAAAACAUUUGAGAUACAAUGCUAUCGAACAACACUUACACUAAAGGAUUGGAGACAGGCUUGUCCACGUUGUCUCCAACCGACCCAUCAGCAAACCUACAUCGGAAACGUUCUCUAUCGGAGCUGUACUCAUCUUUAGCAAUGUAUGCCUUUCUUAUGGUUGUAAGUCUAUCUGGAAAUGGCCUCGUCGUUUCUGCGUACGUUUCAAACAAAUGGCUUCGAAAAGCGGUGACGCACACCUUAGUCAUAGGGUUGGCAAUGGCAGACUUUCUUGUUGGUAUGGUUUCGCUUCCAUUUUGGAUGAAAAUAACUUUCUCAGAUUACCACGGUCGUCAGAUAGAUAGCCACAUUUACCAGGUAUACAUAACAGCCGACAUAUUCAUCGGAACUGCGUCCAUCCUUCAGCUCACUGGAAUUAGUAUCGAGAGAUCUCAUGCCAUUCUUAGACCAUUCAGGCAUCGCCAGCUCCCAAGGAAAACCUUCCAUAUCGCAGUCGCAUCGGUUUGGCUGUUCUCGGCUCUAUUAGCUUCUCUGCAACCGUUACAGUAUGGUACCGAGUGGCAAACGCCAUAUACAAUUCUGACCGCAAGUGUGUGUUUCUUUAUUCCAGUGAUGGUGAUUAUCACUGCCUACAGUUGCAUUUUAGUGGCUGCCAAGAGCAAGGGAAAUUUAAGUCAGAGAAAGGCCCACAAGACUAGUUUGGAAAAAGAGAUUCGGCUGUCUUUAACCGUAGCUCUCAUAACAAUGCUAUUUAUCAUCGCAUGGCUGCCCCUUUUCGUCUUGACCAUGAUUGCUACGUUUGACCCAGAGUCCCUUCCUUCACCGAUCAUUUUCGCCCGCCUGCUGCAAUUCGUCAAAUGGAUGCACUACUGUUCAAGUGCAGUAAACCCGUUCUUGUACUCUUACCGAAAUCCCGACAUGCGCAGAACAAUUGCAGUGCUUCUUCGCCGUCUGGUUCUUCAGGGCCCAGGUGUAGACGAAGUGUUCAGGAGACGCUCCAGCGAUAUUUCCACGACUCGUGUGAGAAAAGUUAGUAUCUGCUCGGAUAAGAGCCGAAAGGUCAGCACAGAGAGCCAGCAAAGUUGCUUAGGAGCUCGUUCCGCAUUUUCGCGGAUUAGUGUUAGAGGACGAGGUAACUCUUCUGAAGAUAAAGAAAUGGGACACAAAAGGCUGGAGUUCAACAACAACAUUUAACGGAAGACCUCGACAUGACUAAGAGGAUUUUUGUAUUCUCUUUCUAGGAGCAUAAAUUUUUAUGGAGGCCCCUUUCUGGAAUGAAUUUGGUCAGAGUCGAAAUGAUUAGUCGCAAGUAAAAGAAAUUUUGAGUUUUGUCCAUCAGAAUGUUCUAAUGAAAUUCCAGGUUAUACUUUACCCAGUGGUAGAGAAUGAAAUUAUUCGCACUGAGAAUUGCGAUUGUUUCCUCUCAGAAUAUCUACUCAAAAACACCAAUAACUCACAUAAUGUUUAUAUCAUGGAUGAUACUGUUUUAACACCUAACGCUUUUAUUUUUGUUCUCAUCAAUAAUUUCAUUAUUUUAUUUUAAAUCUGCAAAAGUGUCACUGGUGAUAGUUCUGAUUAUGCUUGUUUGUUAUGUGGACAUGCUUUCUCCAAAAAUUAUGUGUUAUCCCAACCCGAAGUUGAGGGCACAUGUGUAAAAUGUAUAAAACAAGACUAGGUCCGAUAAUACUUGGUCUUUAAAGGCGUUUUUAUUUUGAAGUAAGUCUUAGAAUAGUGUAGUAGCUAAGGAAUACCGAAGACGAAAUCAACCAAAGUAGCUAACAAAAAUGGCAGGGGAGGGGGCAGACGAACCUGACCAGUGCAGGCUUGAGUUCUCUGAGCCUACGAACAUUCUCUGUUUCAAUUUCUCUCUGCAACAGGAACUCAAUUUUUCCCGGGCAUUUAAAAUCCCUGGAAAUUAGGGGCAAUCGCUAGCUUUAUGCAUGCGCGUACAAGAACAGUUAUUUCAUUAUUUCACCAGCAUGAACUGAUAUUGAAGCUCUCUUCUCUACUUGCGAUAGUGAUGCAUGAAUAUCCUAUGUAGCUGAUGACUGUUUAUCGAAUUUCUGCAUCCUUGUCAUAGGUGCCUUAAUAAGUGGAAGAGUAACUGAAUAAAAGGCUGAAUUGAAAUUUUGA